AUGUCGGAAAACUUCACAUUUCGUCCGAAAAGUUCUGCUAAUCAGGUCAAACUUGUCAAUCAACUAGAACGUCAAUUUCAUACAAUAACCCAAUUACUAUACACAACCAAUGUACCUGGUGCCCUACUCGAUCGACAAGUCUUACCAUACAUAGCUGAUGAUGUGAUUUUCAAAGAUCCUUGGCAAGAAGGCGGUGACAAGAAAUUGUAUCGAAUCGGAAUGAAAGGUUUUCAUAAUAUGUUUCACUUCACAUUUGAUACAUUCCAAUUGAAUGUCAAGCUAAAUGACGAUGGAACGACAGGUCGCUGCAUUGUUGAUGGAAUCAUGAAUUUACAACAAUUUUCAUGGAUUUAUACAUAUCCAUUACGUUCGAUCUUUGUCUACGAAUUUCGACUGCUGAAUACGGACAACAUCGAUGAUCCUAAAUUUGAAAUAUUUCGACACGAAGAGAUGUGGUCAUUUGCCGAUAUGAUCGAUGGCAUACCUGGCAUUGGUUGGAUUCUUAAUAAGAUACGCUCGAUUAUUUUAAUGAUUCCAUUGUUACGGCAAAACGUAUGUUCCUUGUUUUCACGCUCAGCAAUCUUUCGUCUUUCAAACAUAUCAGUAUGCCACCUAUCUUCAACGAAAAGAAAUACAAUAUCUCGUCCUCGAUCUGUAUUCGAUCGUCUACCAAAAUCUCUUCAUCCAUACGUUCGUUUAAGUCGGCUGGAUAAACCAACUGGUUCGUGGGUGAUAUUUUUACCUGGAGCAUGGAGUAUCGCUUUGGCCGAAACCUCCUUGAAUACGCUCUCUCUGUUCGGCUUGUUCGGUAUCGGAACGAUACUGAUGCGAGGAGCCGGUUGUACAAUAAAUGACCUGUGGGAUAGAGAGUAUGAUCGUCGGGUAGAACGAACGAAAGGAAGGCCAUUGGCGAGUAGACAGCUUUCAACUCGACAGGGAAUCAUUUGGCUUGUAACCCAACUAUCACUAGGCUUCCUAGUUUUGAUUCAAUUGAACCUGCCAACAAUUGGUAUCGGUGUGUUAUCAUUAAUACCUGUAUUUAUUUACCCACUGAUGAAACGAUACACAUACUGGCCACAAUUCUUUCUCGGAGUAACACUAAAUUGGGGUACCUUGAUGGGUUUCACUGCAGCAACUGGUCAAAUAUAUCCAGCAGUUAUUUUUCCUCUAUAUUUUGCAAGUAUCUGUUGGACACUUCAUUACGAUACGAUCUAUGCCCAUCAAGAUAAACAAGAUGAUUUGCUUAUUGGUGUUAAAUCAACCGCCCUUCUUUUCGGCAAAGAUUCCAAACUAUGGCUGCGUGCUUUCUCCGUCGGUAUGUUGACACAUCUGAUCACAGUUGGCUUGAGUGUUGAUCAAACCUGGCCGUAUUACCUCGGUUUAGUUGGUGUCGGUUGUCAUCUCUGGCGGCAAAUUGAAAAUGUUAAUCUACAUGAUGAUCAAUCCUGUUGGAAGACAUUUGUAUCAAAUCGUACGACGGGUCUCAUGAUUCUUGCUUGUAUUUUCGUUGGAAAUCUUUUUAAAUGA